AUGUUUUGUCGGCCGUUUUUCCAAUGUGUAACUAUAAGACAUUUGAAUUACAAGGUUUAUGCAUCACCAUAUAAGAAACUAUAUUCACAAACCACAACGAAAGGACAGUCCCUUGUAAAUAAUAUAACUGAUAUCAUUAAUAAUGAUAAAAUUUUAAAUGGGCAAAACAAUUAUAUGAUUCGUGAAUACUGGAAGUAUAGGUCAGAAACUGUAUCCUCAGAUGCAAAUCUCCACGUAAAUAAACAAAACCUUUUUGAAUUAUCAUUAGUUCAUAAUAUAGAGUUUAAUAAAUUUGUUCAAUUUGUGAAAAAGAAUAAUCAAAUUUCAUCUACAUCAAGAGGUCUUUACCGGAGAGAAAUUAUAUAUAAUAUUAGAGAUAGGAAACUAAUUUCUGAAGUUAUAGGUCGGAUAUCAACAGAUCCCUAUGACUCAAAUAUGUCUGAAAAGGAAAUAUUUAUGUGGUGUUUAAAUGAUGCAAUAAAAACUCAAGAUUUUCCUAUGGUUAUCGAUCUUUACAUAUUGUACCAUAACUUAUAUCCAGAAUCGAAGCUAGAUACUAAACUUGCUUCCAAAAUUUUAUCCGCCACAUCAUUUAACAACCCCAAAAUUAAUGAUAUUUUACUGAGAAACUACCUCCGAUUGGAAGAUUUAUUCCAAACCCAAAAAAUGGUUUUACCGUUAACAAAUUUCCAAUUUUAUACGCUAAAUAUCAUGGCUCAGUCUCUAAGAAAAGCACCACAUCUGGAAAAGGAAGUAAAACGGCAAUUGAUGACCGCCACUUUGGAAUCUUCUUUGUUGAAUGGUGAUAACCAAAGUCAAUUAAACAUUGCAUAUUCACUGAUUAAAUUUGAUUGCAAUAUAAAUAACCCAGCAGGUGUGCUUGUCGUAUGGAACCAAAUUAAAGAUAUGUGUAAUCCUGUGACGCAACAUGAUCCAAGGGUGAUCUUUAAUAUAUUCAAAAUAUUCAAUAAAAAUACAGCUUACAAUAAUGAGUGUGCCAAACUAAUAGAGGAAUUAAGCCCUGUAUAUAUAUGCAACAAUCCUUUAUUGCUACCAGAAAUAUUAAGAUAUAUAUCAAGAACCUCUUCUCUUCAAUUGGCGCAAUCCAUAAUCCGUAAUAUGAGAUCAUUUGCUUCGCAGUCUAUACAGGUACUAUUAUGGAAUAGCAAAGAUUAUUUAUCAUCAUUAUUCGAAAUGCAACUUAGUUUUCAGGAUUACAAAAACUCAAAUCAAACAAUGAAGCGUAUUGAAGAGCUAUAUGGAUCUCUUUCAACACAGGAAUAUAUGGUCAUCGCACAACAGCUUUUGCGGAAUAAAAGUACAGAAACUAUACUACAGGCGCUCAAGUUAUUGGAUAGCAUUCCGGCACAAAAACGUUUACCGCUGUAUCCUAUGAUAAUAAAUAAACUUUUGGAGUGGGAUAAGCAAAAAGGUUCAAAAUUGAACGAGAGUGUAUUUCCACUUAUCAAUGAAUUUUUGAUGAAAGUUCAUAGAAUCGAUCAUAAACACGAACUUCCGCUGUGGGAGUAUAUAGCAGCAAUUUAUACGAAAUUUCUGGUUGAUGGAGUCCCCUCGUCUAAAAAUAAGAUUAACAAAAGUAAUCUAGAUUUGGCAAAAUACUUGUACAUAAAAUCGUCAACAAACAUGAGCGAUAAAAUAUGUUCAUACAACCCAUGGUCAAUGCAAAACCCAAUGGAUAUAAAAAUCAAGUUGACAAAGAGAAAUCGUUUGGUUAUUCUAAGAACGAUAGCAGAUAGUUCCAAAAAGUUAAAUAGAUAUGAUAUAUACAUGUGGUGUUGUUCUAUGUUGAACAGUUUAGGCGUAUUAACCUCCGAACUAAAAACUGAUUGGGAAAUGCGAAAACAAUCUCGCAAUCGAAAAACAGAUGGUGUUAAAUAA